AUGACGCAGCACCAGUCGGACUCUGAGCGUUGUGAACAGAAAGCAGAAAGUAUUGCUAAGAAGCCGAGGGUGAGUGUGGAUGGUAGUGCAUCUGAAGAGGCAAGUUCGUCCGGACUCAACAACAGUCAUGCUAUGGUGACCGAUGGAGACACAGCUGAGGCAGCAAUUAGCCAAUCAGACUCUGAGAACAAAGACCCUUCAUCCAACACACAGUCAGAAGAAUUGUUUCAGAGGAAACGUGGUCGACCCUCCAAGCGUUUUCUUCGCAAGAAGUAUAAGAAGUAUAUAAACCGAAACCGGUACUAUAAAUCCUUGAAACCGCUCCUCAGACCUCAUAAUUGCUGGAUUUGUGGCUCACGCUUCCUCACUCAAGAGGAUUUGCGCUUCCACGUGGACUCUCAUGAAGGCAAUGACCCGGAGCUCUUCAAGUGCCUGCAGUGCAACUAUCGGUGCAAGCGCUGGUCUUCACUUAAGGAACAUAUGUUCAAUCAUGAGGGCAUCAAGCCGUUCAAGUGCGACGAGUGUGAUUACUCAAGUGUCUACAAGAAAGAUGUCACUCGCCACUCAACAGUCCACAACAAAGACAAAAAGAAAAAGACAGAGUUGGUACCAAAAGUGUCAGAGUUCCUCUGCCCUGUGUGUCACAGGGUUUACCCCAUGCAAAAGAGACUGACCCAGCACAUGAAGACCCACAGCUCAGAGAAACCACACAUGUGUGAUAAGUGUGGGAAAUCCUUCAAGAAACGCUACACAUUCAAAAUGCACCUACUGACCCACAUCCAGAGUCUAGGAGACAGCAAGUUCAAGUGUGAAUAUUGCGAUUACACCUGUGACAACAAGAAGCUGCUGCUCAACCAUCAGCUGUCCCACACCAACGACCGGCCCUUUAAGUGCGACUACUGUAAAUACUCCACUUCUAAAGAGGAGUUCCUGGUCUCCCAUCUAGCCAUCAAACACACAGGAGAGAAGCCUUUCUCCUGUCAUCUGUGCCACUUCAUGACAAAGCACAGGAAGAACUUGCGUCUACAUGUGCAGUGUCGCCACCCUGAGACGUUUGACGAUUGGUCUGUGGCCCACCCUGAGGAGCCGGUCAGGAGGCGACGCAGACCCUUCUUCACCCUGCAGCAGAUAGAGGAGCUCAAACUACAACAGCACGGCGACACACAGGAUUUGCAGAACACUAUUGUUGCUGUGGAUUCUGCCACACUACAAGCCAUGCAGGGUUUGGAAAAUGCCUCUGUGUCCCAGGACGCUAUGGGCAACACCACCAUCAUCUAUGAACAAGCUGAAUCCAGUGAUCAAUCCGCCCAGAAUGCCCUUGACCUGCUGCUGAAUAUGAGCAAUGCCCGGGAACUGGUGAGCAACGCCUUACAGGUGGCAGUGCUGAAGUCAGAAGGCAAACCUUUGGAAAAGGGCACGUGGAGUGCAGUGACCUCAGCUCCGGGACAGGCACAAAAGGUUGUGACCUUCCACGUUUCGGAGAACGGUGAGACGGUGCUGCAAGAGGCCUACGAGACGGCCACCUCUGAGACAGGAGAGCUCGCCCAGAUCGCCAUCGAAGCCUACGAGAGCGGGGGGGAUUUCAGUGUGGUGGAACAGGCGGCCGAAGAGAUCCACAGCCCUGGAUACAGUAACGAGGAGGGCAGUCCUUGUCAGGCUGAAGUCUCCGGAUCAGAGAGCAUGAAGGGUGAAAAGUACUACCUUACAUCUGCACUACCUGAUGGUGUUCUGCAACAGGUGGAGCUGAGCAGCGAAGCUCCAGUCUCUCCGUCUGCCAUGGGCUCUCCCGGUUUGAGCACAAAGAGGUUUUCCUGCCGAAUAUGCAUGGAGUCGUUCCACGGACGCUCUGACAUGGAGAACCACAAGAGGGCGCACAUAGACCCCAACACCUUCAAGUGUCCUGACUGUGAUUAUAACUCCACCUCCUGGCUCGAGGUCAAGACUCACAUGGAGCUUCAUUCCUACCUACGCCCUCACAAGUGUCCAAGCUGUAGUUUUGCCUCCAAGAACAAGAAAGACCUGCGCCGACACAUGAUGACACACACCAAUGAGAAACCGUUCUCCUGCAACCUUUGUGGACAAAGGUUUAACCGUAAUGGCCAUUUGAAGUUUCAUAUGGAGCGUCUCCACAGUCAGGAUCAUCUCGCUCGCAAGGCGCGUACCGCUUCAUCUCAGCAAACUAUCAUAGUGAACAGUGAUGAGGAGGCCCUGGCAACACUACAAUCCCUACAGGCUCAUCAAACAGUGAUCACUCCAGAGCGGUUGCAGGCUUUGGGACAUGAUCACAUCAUUGUAGCGCAGGAACAGGGGCUAUCAGACCAGGAGGAGGGGACAUACAUCCAGCAGAUAACCACCAUAGAUGGACAAACAGUGCAGCACCUGAUGACAGGAGAGAACCAGGUGACUGAGGUUCAGUACAUCAUCUCACAAGAUGGAGUGCCGCACCUAAUCCCUCAGGAGUAUGUGGUCGUAUCUGAUGGCAACCACAUACAGAUGCAAGAUGGACAGAUCAUUCAGUAUGAGCACGACGGAACCUUUCUGCAGGAGCAACAGAUUGCUGUCAGUCAUGACGGUCAGAUCCAGUAUAUACCCGUGAGCUCGGGGGAACAGAUUGUGAAUCCUGAAGAUAUGGAGGCCGGUACCCACUCUGCGGUCACAGCUGUAGCAGACGCAGCUAUGACGCAGACGGUCUACACUGAAGCUACACCCGAACAGCUGGAGCAGCUCCAGCAGCAAGGCAUCCAGUACGAUGUCAUUACUUUCACAGACGAAUAGACGGCUUUUCAAACCUACAAACCACUAUGCACUGACAAGUAUAGUAACCUCAACGAAUUCAUGCAUUCAGCUGGCUGUGAACCAUGCUUAUCUCCUCCACAGUAUGCUCUGCUUUGGGGCAGUUGCACUGUUUAAUAAGAUUUUUGUAAAUGCUAAUUGUUGCACCCAUUGCUUCUAACCUAAUCAUAGGGGCUGUGCAUUUAUAAGUUGAUUUAGCAAGGUUGUUCUAUAUUGUAAUUAAUACAAAUCAUUUGUGUUUACGUCCCUCAACUGCCUCUAUUUGCAAGACAAUGUCAUCAAAAGAAAUGAAACGGCUUGUAUCAUGUUUUAGAAAAUAUCCAGAGCGUCCAUGUAUAAACAUUAUAGUUUUUGAAUGGACUGAAAUUAAAAGGGAGUGUUUAUUUUUGAUCUGUUAUAAUGAUGUUAAUUGUUAGAAUGCCUCAACAUUGUGUUUACUAAGUAUAAAUAUGUACAUAUCUGUUGCAUUGUUCUUCUUUUCCAUGAUGGAGGAUAUGUUUCGAUUUGGUGAAUAUAAAGUGUGUAAUAGGCUGAAAGCUGACACCAAAUAAAUCACUU